AGACUCAACCGCUGCCACUUCCUGGUUGGGGAUUAAGUGGUGUAGAGGUGGGAAAUAGCAGGUCAAUUUGUAGCAGUUUAUAUUCAUUUACAGCUGCUUCAGUGGUUUAUGAAUAAUCUCCGAGGAUAUUCACAGCCAUAUGUCAUCUAACGUCCGGAGUGCACCAUGCCGAGCACCCUCCUGUGGGCUGUAGAUGUGUAUGGGAGGGUUUACAGCCUGUCGACAGCAGGUCAGCAAUGGGAGCAGUGCCGUGAUGCUCACCUGGAGUUCAAACGCGUCACAGCUGCACUCCAGUGCUGCUGGGGCAUCGCCUGUGAUCACAACAUCUACCUGUGCGUCCACGCCAGCGAGGUUCCAAUUCGCUUCCGGGAGGAAACUUAUGAAAAUCAGCGAUGGAACCCGGUGGAUGGUUUCUCAGACCGCCUGUUGCCUAGUGAUCGAUGGCAGUGGAGUGAUGUGACAGGACUGCAGCAUCAGCCACUGGACAGCUUCCAGCUUCCAUCUGAGAACUGGGAGUGGGAGGCUGACUGGUACGUGGACGAGAACUUUGGAGGAGAGCCCACGGAGAAAGGGGGUUGGACAUAUGCUAUUGAUUUUCCUGCCACUUACACUAAAGACAAGAAGUGGAAUUCUUGUGUGCGACGUCGGCGACUGGUACGCUACCGGAGGUACAAGUCACAAGACACCUGGGCUAAGAUUCCCUCAGAGCAGACGGGUUCCCUGCCAGACCCAUUUAAUGAUAUAAGCUGUGGUGGUUGGGAGAUCACAGAGGAGCCCAGGGGCCAGAUUUCUCUUUGGGCUGUCUCUCUGCAGGGGAGGGUGUGGUUCCGGGAUGGCAUCAACCACUUUAACCCUGAAGGCUCUGUGUGGGAGGAGGUUCCUACACCAGGUGAGGUGGUGCAGAUUAGUUGUGGGCCAGCUGAUCUUCUGUGGGGGGUCCUGUGGGAGGGACAGUUCCUGGUUCGUGAGGGCAUUAGCAGAGACUGCCCUAAAGGCACCACAUGGGUAGUAGUUGAAUCACCAAGCCCAGAAGUCGGAGCUAUACACGUAGCAGUUGGUGUCAAUGUGGUGUGGGCUGUGACAAAAGAUCAUAAAGUCUGGUUUAGGCGUGGUGUGAAUUCCCACAAUCCAUGUGGCUCAGGCUGGAUUGGGAUGGUUGGGGAGAUGGUGAUGAUUAAUGUGGGCCUCAAUGACCAGGUUUGGGGUAUUAGCAUUGAGGACCGAGCGGUGCAUUUUCGCCAGGGUGUGACUGUCAGUGAGCUGAGUGGGAAAGCAUGGAUAGCUGUGUCUGUGCCCAGAGACGCUGAGCGCUCUCACUCCAGCGCCAGUGCUAGCAGCCUGCAGAGUGCCGGAUGUUUUUUUGGAGGCGAGGUCCGCCUGCAGUCACAGACCACCGUCCUAAGUGAUGUGGACUGUGAAACAGAGAAAGCAGCAGCAGAAGCCGUGCCGUCCUCCUCUGAGGCUGAUGAGGCCCCUACAAAACGAAUACCGAAAGUGACCAGUGACAGCUUCAUCUCAGAGCUAGUGUCUGAUAGAGAAGGUCAGAUCGGGCAACGUGCCCUCACACAGGCCGCGUCCAUUCCCGAGGAGGAGUGUGCAGAGGGAGAUACAGAGGGAAAGGAAAAUGCUACUGCAAAUGUGCUGCUUCCCUCUAGCCAGUCAGGACAUUCAGACCACCAGUGGAGCAACGUGGACCUGGAGGAGGCACAGACACACCUGACUGUGGGAACCGGUGGGGAUGCUGCUGAUACUUGCAGCUUGUCAUCUGUAGCUACCUUCAACCUGGGUAUGGAGGAACCAUAUGGGCCUGACGAUCACCCCUUAUGGGCCUGGGUUAGUGGCGGAGGCUGCUAUAUUGACUCCCACUCCCAGCUCCACUGGUUCAACUCCACAGCUCUGGCCUCCUCUAUGCAGGCCAUGUCGCUCUCCAUCACACCUGCACAGACUGCAGCCUGGCGCAAGCAGAUCCUGGAACAGCUCAGUGAGAGGUCAAAGCGAGAAAUGGAAAACUUCAAACAUUAUGAACAGGCCAUUGAACAGUCUGUUUGGGUGAAAAAGGGCUCCAUGCAAUGGUGGAGGGACUGGAAGCCUCACAAGUGGCUGGAUGUGCAGUUUGCACUGGAGCAAUUCUCAGGAGCUGAGGGCAACAAGGAUGGCAUCCUUUUCAUAUACUAUACCUUUAAUGAUGAAAAGAAGUACCUACAUGCAUUCAUUAAUGAAGUCACCAUCCUGGUACCGGUACUGAAUGACUCCAAGCACACGUUUGCUGUCUACACACCGGAGAGGACUAAGCAGAGGUGGCCCAUCCGUCUUGCUGCUUCUACUGAGCUGGAGAUGCAUGACUGGCUGGCCUUGCUCAGUGUUUCCUGCUGUGAUUCCCGUGGCAUCCAGGGUCCACCCUCAAAACAGGCCAUCUGGUCCAUUACCUGCAAAGGAGAUAUUUUUGUCAGUGAGCCCACACCAGGGCUAGAAGCCUCUCCUUACCCCACACCCUGCGACCAAAUGUUUUGGCGCCAGGUUGGAGGUCACCUAAAAAUUGUGGAGUGUAACAGUCUAGGAGUGGUGUGGGGAAUCGGCUAUGACCACACUGCGUGGGUCCACACGGGUGGCUACGGGGGAGGCAUCUUUCAGGGACUUUCCAGCAGCACAGAUAACAUCUACACACAGACUGAUGUGAAGAAUGUAUAUAUUUAUGAGAACCAGCGCUGGAAUCCUGUGACUGGCUACACAAACAGGGGGCUCCCUACAGAUCGCUUCAUGUGGAGUGAUGCUUCAGGCCUUCAGGAGUGUACCAAAUCCAACACUAAACCCCCUUCUCCUCACUGGACAUGGGUGUCAGAUUGGGCCAUCGACUAUGGUAUAGCUGGAGGAACGGACAGAGAGGGCUGGCAGUAUGCAGCUGAUUUUCCAGCGUCAUACCACAGUCAUAAAACCUUGAAGGACUUUGUCCGUCGAAGGCGUUGGGCCAGGAAGUGUAAACUCACUACAACUGGGCCAUGGCAGGAAGUCCCACCCAUCCCUCUGAGUGAUAUUACAAUUUUGCCAUGUGGCCCAAAGACCACAGUGGAGCAGGUGCCUUUGUGGGCCAUCAGCAACAAGGGAGAUGUGCUUUGCCGUUUAGGGGUCUCCUCACUCACCCCUGCUGGAACAUCAUGGCUCCAUGUCGGAACAGACCAACCUUUUAAGUCCAUCUCCAUUGGAGGGGUGUAUCAGGUGUGGGGUAUUGCCAGAGACGGCUCAGCAUUCUACAGGGGAGCCGUGUCAUCCCAAAACCCUGCAGGAGACUGCUGGUACCAUAUUCCCUCUCCGGCUUCACAGAAGCUCAAACAGGUGUCAGUGGGCCGGACAUCAGUCUAUGCAGUGGAUGAAAAUGGAAACCUGUGGUAUCGACACGGUGUGACACCCAGUUACCCUCAGGGUUCAUCAUGGGAGCACAUCUCAAAUAAUGUUCGCAAAGUGUCUGUGGGGCCACUGGACCAGGUGUGGAUCAUUGCUGAUAAGGUCCAGGGCAGUCACAGUCUGAGCUGCGGUACUGUUUGCCGCAGGCUUGGUGUUCAGCCGAUGGAGCCUAAAGGACAGUCGUGGGACUAUGGCAUCGGGGGAGGUUGGGACCACAUCACGGUGAGAGCCAAUGCUUUGGAGGCUCCUCGUUUCCGUAUGCCAUCACUGACUGACAGCAGGAACAGUGGCACAACGCUACAUGGCUUGCAGCCGACAGAAAUGAACGGCAACACUGUGGGCUGUUAGCAACGUUAUCCUUUUGCCUUUCACCUCACUUUCUCCAUCCUUUGCUGUAUGCCCCGGUGUAGCAAUCCACCCCUUUUCUUCUAGCCAUGUAGCUAAUGUCUGGUGCAGUUGACACUGAUGUUCACAAGCUUCUGACUGUCUGUAUAUCAUUUGUCUCUCAGCACUGACACAUCUUGCAGGAUCAUUCCUUCAUAAGAAUACGAGGAGCUCCCAUGCCAUCACACUGUUUAGACUAUUUUUAAAAAAAAAUUUCAAAAAUAGAAUGUUUACAUUGAUAUUUUGUAUAGUAGGUCUUAAAUGUAUUUUAUUUAUUUAUUUAUUUGUCUAUGGUUGUGUGUUUGCUUUCUUUAUUUGAUUUUAGUAGCAAAUAAUACAGUGUGUUCAGGGCUUGGUGUAGGCUCGACACGGCACUAUACAUUUACAGUCAUCACAAGCAAAGUUCACACUUUUACAGACAAGCCACUUUGCCAACAGGAAAAAAACAAAUAGAAAUCAGAAUAUAUGUUCAUAUACUGUAAGUUCAACAGAUUUCCUACUAAGCGCUCAACAUUAAAAAACAGAGUAACAUCCUGUUCUUGACAAACUUUUCGGAGAAGUGUCAACUGGCUGCUAGGAAAAGAAGUCAUCAUACAUUCAGUUGGCUGUUAUCUGUAAGCUCACUGUAGUGGUGUCAUUAAUACUUGUGCAAUACUUAGCAUUAACAGUAGACAAUGAUGGGGAUGUUUUUCUUUUCUCAGGAAUCCCAAAGCUUUUAAAAUUCCAAAUGUGUAUGGUUUAUUAAAAUAAAUAAAAGAGGAAUAUCUGUAUUGUUCCAGAGGCAGCACAAAUGCACAAUUUUUUAUUUUUUAGACUUUCAUUAUGGCCAGUGCUAAUAUAUGAUCAUUGUCAUUGUAAUGAGACUUUUGUGCUGGCAGGUGAAAUGUGGUCUUGUCUUAAAGCAUGUUUUUAAGGCAUUAUGUGCAGGUACGUAUAAAUAAAAUAAAUCAUUCUCAUGUAACAACUCAAAUGUUGUUGCUGGUAAAAUCUGUCAAUAAAAUGAAAAGGUUUAUACAGGUCUGCGGCAUAUUUCUGUCGACGUCUCGCAAUGAAUUAUGUCUGAUUGGCUUUGGAGAUUUUGACCUCCUGUAAUUUAUGGAAUGAAGAACUGUAAAAAAGAUAAAUUAUGGUAUAACAUGAACUGUAUUUGUUAGGUAAGUUAAAACACUCCCCAGUGUUAAUGUAUGCAUGAACUAUGCCCUUUCAAUAAAUGUGACAUCAAAUACUC